AUGGCUACAUACGCAAAACUUGAAGAUGAUCAACCUUCAGUUGAAAACAUUAAAGAUUUGGUAAUAAUUUCUAUUGUAAAAGAUUCUGAUCAACUUUCAAGCAACGAUAAGGAACAUGAUAAACAUUCUGAACAAAACAAAUAUUAUGAAAUAAUUGGAGAAGUUGUUAAGGAGAAUAAACAUGAUUGUGUUCACAUAAUCACAAACAAUUUUGAAAAUUCUGACAAAUUAAGUGAAAUUUUUGAUGGAAAAAAAGUCGAAAUUUCCAACCAAAUAAAAUCCGAAAUUAAAAAUAUACCUAAAAUUCUUAAACGAAUUUCUGAAGAUCAACAUGAAAGUUCUUGUAGUGACGAUCUGAAUAAUAUAAAUUCUGAAGACAUUGAUAUAGAAAUAAAGCAUACGGCAAAAUUACUACAAGUUUCCAUAAAAAUACAUCAUGAAUUUCAUAAAAAGAAAAGAAAAUUAAUUUUGGCAGAGAUACAUAUUGGAUUUGCUGUUUUGAUAUUAGAAAAACUUUUCAACAUAUUAUUGGAAGAAUUUUUUGUCCUAUUAGAAAAUAAAAUUUUAACCACUAUUGAAGAAAAGAUCUCGAUUAUUAAAAAUUCGAAAAAAAUUUCGAUUAGAGAUAAAGAAUUUGAAAAAAAAUUGGCCACAGUCGCUGAUGAAAUCAAAAAGGAAAUAUUUAAUCAAUUUAAACAUUUUAAACCUCAAGAUCCUAAUAACAAUGAAGGAACUUUUGAUGGGCAAGAAGUUUCUAACAAACAAGUAAACAAUUCCACCGAAAUUUCCAAAGAAAUCAAAUAUAAGAUUCUUAAUAAAUUUUAUAAAAGGAUUUCUGAUGCUCAAGAAACUCCUAAUGAUAUUUUUGAUGUGCAAAAAACUUCUAAUGAAGAACAAAGUUUCACUGAAAUCACUGAUCAAAUUCAACGAAUAAUUCAAAAAGAAUAUUUUCUUAAGAGAAUUUACGAUAAAAUUCAUAGUGAGCUAGAAAUUUAUGAUGGGAAAAUGACCCUUAUCGAGGAACAAAAACAAGAAUCUUUUGAUCGUGAAAAACAAGAAAAAGAGGCUAUUGAUCAAAUCCAGAAAUGGACUACAAAUUAUUUAAAAAUCUCUGAUGAAAUUCAUAAAAGAAUUGAAAAAGAAUAUUUUUGUGAAAUUCUUGAGAAAAUUUACAAAGAAGAGGAUAAUAAACAAGAGGAUAAUAAACUUCUUAGCCAGGAACCAAACGAAAUGUUUGAAAAUAACGAACCUUUUGGGAAAGUACAAAGGAAAAACACUUUAGGAAAAAAACCAAGAAGAAGAAACACUUUAAACAAAGAACUUUCUAAUGCGAUACAAAAUGAUCAUACCAAAAUAUCUUAUAAGAUUGAUAGAAUCAAAAAAAUAUUUUCUGGCACAUUGAAAAAAACACUUCAUCUAAAAGAAGAUGUACUCAUGGAUAUGAAACAUAUGUUAUUCAUAAUUUUUGUAAUCUUUGAUAGCGAAGCUUUAAUAUUUAUGAAAGACAUAACACAAGAUUAUAUUAAUAAAAUAAAAUAUAUUAAUGUGAAGAAGGCAAAAAAUACGAAUGAGAUUAAAGAGAUAGAAAAAAAGCUACCCGUAUAUACGGAAUCGGGCCUCCAUAAGCGGACUAGAUGUGCACGAUAA